AUGGUGAGCAGCCCGUUUAGCCUCGGCAAUGAGUUCCUGGCGGAGAGUACAGACACCUACCUCCGCGAGAAGUUUGCAAAGGCGAAGGGUAAAGCCAAGGCAAAGGUGCCAAAACGAUCUGGGGGAAAUCGUGGCAAUGAUUCUCUUGGUGCCCCUGGCAGAUCAAUAGGACCUCAGCAGCAAGAAGACCUUGAUGAGGCGGAGCGUGACCUUCUUGGAUUGCCCAAAGCUCCCCCACGGGCAAAGUCUCCAAGACCAGAGAUGGAACUCCUGCCGCUAGAAGCAGGUGCUGCACUGCGGCUAGCAGCUUCCGGUGCAUCAGUAUCGUCAAAGCGUUGCUGCCCUGACGGUCAUCAGCUCUUUUGCUACAUCGUUGCCAGAAGUGCAGCACUCUGUGACACCUGCGAUACCAUGCAAAAGCCUGGAGAAGUGGUUUUUGGCUGCAGCACCUGCGACAGUGAGCUAUGUGCCAAAUGUGCAGUGGAGACCGCCUCAUCUACUGAAGAGGCGGACGAGAGUCGUGAGCUCAUUGCGAGAGUGACCCAGAUGUACUCUGGCGAGAAGUGCACACGCUUUGUCGCCACCCCCAGCGGAGCUGUGCUGGAUACACUGGAUACACAUCAGCAACCUGAACUUCGUGAUAAAGGUCCAGAGGAGAAGCUUGAGAGCUCGACUCAAGCUUCAGACAAAAAAGAAAACCGAGAAGCUGCAAAGCCACCACAGCUGCCUGCAAGGACAGUGGAAUUGCGCCGAAACUAUUGA